UUCUACAAUAUUACAAUUGUUUUAGAAAAAUGGGGCUUCUCACGGCGUUAGCUGUUAAUGGAGUCGGUGGUAUCAUUAUCUACGGCACGGGAGGACUGGGCGCUGCUUGGGUCGCUCCGUGGUUAGGUUUCGGAAGUGCAGGAAUUGCUGGAGGCAGCAUGGCAGCAGCUGCGCAGUCUUACUACGGAAACCUCGCAGCUGGCAGCAUCAUCUCAAAAUUGACAGCUAUAGCUAUGACUGCACCAAUACCUUAGGUAAUAUUCUUUGAUAUUACAAUGCUUAUAUUAU